AUGCAGGAUGAAGUCAUUAGCCCCACCAGAGCUCCAGCAGCUCAACCCCUCUCAAUCCCAACAACACCCUCAUCUCUGUCCCCAUCAUCUUUCCUGCCGCUCGAACACGAAAGGAAUAAGACGAAAAUGUCCACCAAGGUCUUCAUAACCGGCAUCACCGGAUAUAUCGGCGGCGACGCCUUCCACGUCCUCUCGCAAGAGCACCCCGACUUUGAAUACGCGGCCUUGAUCCGCACCAAGGAAAAAGCCGACUAUGUGAAGGGCUUAUAUCCUAACCUAAGAGUGGUCAUCGGAAGUAAUGAUGACUCGGAAAUCAUCAUGAAGGAGAGCGCUUGGGCCGAUAUUGUACUUCACACCGCCGACUCCUCCGACCACGUCGGCGCAGCAAACGCCAUCGCAAAGGGCCUAAUCCAAGGCCACUCGCCCUCGCGACCAGGCUACUGGCUCCACACCGGCGGAACCGGAAUCCUCACAUAUUUCGAUUCGGAAGUCCGCAAGGUCCACGGCGAACACGACGACAAGGUCUUUGAUGACUACGAGAACGUCGACGAACUUGUUAAUCUACCAGCUGCUGCAUUCCAUCGCAAUGUCGAUGAGAUUGUUCUCCAGACGGGCAUCAACCAUGCGGAUACCGUGAAGACGGUCAUCGUUUGUCCGCCGACGAUCUAUGGGAGGGGGAGAGGACCCGUUGCGCUUAGGGGAAGACAGGUUUAUGAGCUUGCAAGCUUUAUCCUUGAGCAGAAGUAUACGCCUGUUAUUGGGAAGGGGUUGGCGAGGUGGAAUAAUGUGCAUGUUUACGAUUUGAGUCGUUUGUUUGAUGCGCUUGUGCGCGCAGCUGUUGAUCCCGCCAGGAAAGAUGAUGCAGAGAUCUGGGGCGCCAAGGGGUACUUCCUUGCGGAGAAUGGGGAGCAUGUGUGGGGUGAGUUGGCAAAGUAUAUCGGCGAGCAGGCGUUCAAGGAGGGAUAUCUGAAGGAGAAGCCUGAAGUAAAGAGCUUGUCGUUCGAGGAGGCGGUAAACUCACCUGCGGGGUUUGAGGCGGCGAGUUGGGGUCUGAAUUCGAGGGGAAGAGCGCUGAGGGGGAGGAAGGUGCUUGGGUGGCAGCCCAUGGAGCAGUCCAUUGAAGACGAGGUGCCACAUAUUAUUCGGUCGGAGGCGUCCAGGUUGGGAUUGUGA